ACUGCAAAGCUUUGGCUGGGAUGUUCUUCCACUCCUCUGUCAGAGGGAGCAGAACGACUUAGGAGAGCCAGCGAACCAAAGACUUCCCUACAGACAAAAGUGAUCAAGAGGGGAAAGCAUAAGUGCACCAAAAGUUCAAAUUCUAAGCUCAUUGCAGAAUCCUGGUGGAGACAAAGAUAGGUAGUGCAAGUCUAAUCCUUCCAAGAGAGGGAAAGGCUACAUUUUGCUUAGCAGAUUAUUCAGUUGGAAUAGAAAGGAAUCAUUUGGCUGUUGAAGAAAGAGGAAGAGAGACACCCUUAUCCAAGUGAGGAACCAGAAAGCAUCUGCUAAGAAAAGCGAAGAGGCCUGCUGUAGGGCCACAAUCCUCCUCGGAAUAUAAACUAGCUGGUUUUCCUUCAGGACUCUCUGGGACAUUCUUUGGCCAGCAUGAACAUAUUUCGGAUCCUGGGUGAUGUAUCUCACCUAUUAGCCAUGAUCAUGUUGCUGGGGAAGAUCUGGAGAUCAAAGUCAUGUGCUGGUAUCUCAGGAAAGAGCCAGAUCCUUUUUGCACUCGUCUUCACAAGCCGUUACCUUGACCUGGUCACGAACUUCAUCUCCAUCUAUAAUACUGUCAUGAAGGUUGUUUUCUUAAGUUGUGCCUAUGUUACCGUGUACCUGAUCUAUGGGAAAUUCCGGAAAACCUUUGAUAGUGAGAAUGACUCUUUCCGCCUCGAAUUCCUUUUAGUUCCAGUUACAGGCCUGUCAUUUUUAGAAAACCACAGUUUCACCCCUUUAGAGAUUCUCUGGACUUUUUCAAUUUAUCUGGAAUCAGUGGCUAUCCUUCCACAACUUUUCAUGAUUAGCAAAACAGGUGAAGCUGAAACUAUCACAACACACUACCUUUUCUUCUUGGGCCUCUAUCGCGCUCUCUACCUUGCAAACUGGAUCUGGCGCUACCACACAGAGAACUUCUACGAUCAAAUUGCUGUGGUGUCUGGAGUAGUACAGACCAUCUUCUACUGCGACUUUUUUUACCUCUAUGUCACGAAAGUAUUAAAAGGCAAGAAGCUGAGCCUCCCAAUGCCUAUCUGAAGACACACACAAGCGAAGGAAGCUCCUGAAGACCCUGCUCCAGGACUGGAGGAUGUCCUCUUCAGCCUUUUCCCCAUAUGGCUCAGUUCACAUUCAGAGAACUUGCCUGCUUCUCUACACUGUGACUAGCAGACUGGGCCCGAGAGAUUUGAGGUCCAGGUAGCUAACACUUUAGACGUAACACUUUCUAAUUUAGUGUUGGAUCAGUACCUACGUUUUCUUUUGUAUGGGGAUGUUUGUGUGUGUUUGAACUGUGCUUAUGACAAAUAAAAUAGUGUGAAGUA